GCGUCACUGGGGUUUUCCAGUCAGAUUUACUCCCCUCAGUGUGCGGAGAAGAGAGCGAGAUAACUGUUUGCACAGCAGCCAGACUCUCAUUAAGGAACGAAGGACUUCGGACUUCUAAGACGCAUUUAUUUUUCAUCAAGCUGUAGUGCAGACUGAUAAAGGAAGCCUCGACGCGGGAAUCUGUGGAAACGCGUAGACCAGUUGUGCAGUAAACAUCUCGCUAGCGGUCGGGAAGUGCGACGGUCCUCUAUUCAACUUCUUCCGAAAACAACUGGUUUUAUUUUGUUUGUGAACUUUAGCUCAGACUAGUAUCAUUCUCGGUUACCCUAGCUCGUUUAUUUUGCUCUUUUUAAGUACCAUUUUACACCUGGAGAAAUGUCCAGCCUACUUUCCGUCGAACCCGCGAAGGGCAGACCGGAAGUGGCGUUACCUGGGCAACAGGCGCUGCACGAGCGUCCUCAGACCGUCUACGUCAUAUUAGACUCCUCAGCCGAAUCUGUCAAUCUCAUCAGUGUUGAACCCCUUCUUCCUGAGUCUGGGAUUGUGGCAGAUAUUGAGGUAGAAGGCGUUUUCUCCACCGAUUCGGACACUUUCUACGAGCUGAAGAGUCAACCCAUCACCCCACGUGGCUCUGUGACCUCUGCUGACCCCGUGACCCCAGCCGGCUCCGUCAUGACGUCACGUGUGUUGAUGAGGCAGGAGCUGAUGCGACAGCAGGCUCAGGACCAGGAGAGACGGGAGGCCCAAAAACAGGCCUCCAGCGCUCAGCAGCGGCCCACUGAUGCCACCCCUGCCAUCUCUGUCGCAUCCGCCCUGCCGGCCACCCCGACCCAGGUGCCCGUGGAAGUGCUGAAGGUCCAAACGCACUUGGAAAACCCGACAAAGUACCACAUCCAGCAAGCUCAGAGGCAGCAAGUGAAGCAAUACCUCUCUCACACCCUUGGCAAUAAAAUAGCCAAUCGGACUCUGGCGACAUUGCCCUCGCCCCAGCCUGCCUCCACCCCUGAGUUGGCUCCUGCCGCUAGUAGCACUCCCAGCAGCCCGCUGGCUGUGCUCAGCCUGGGAUCAAACAAAGAAGAGAUCGAAGACGUCAUCGAUGACAUCAUCAGCCUGGAAUCAAGUUUAAAUGAUGAAUUUAUGACACUGAUCGACUCGGGUUUGCAGCUUCCCAACACGCUGCCGGUCUCAGGAAACCUCCUGGAUGUGUACAGCAGUCAGGGCAUGGCGGCACCCAGCUUCACCGUCAGCAACUCCUGCCCUGCAGACCUGCAAAACGGCAAGAGAGAGUUGACCAAUGCCGAGGCAAAAGCUAUUAUGAAGGAGAGACAGAAAAAAGACAAUCAUAACUUGAGUGAGUGUGAUUUCUUGCAGAUUUUACCUGCAGUUUCUGUUUUAUCGCUGAGAACUGUCAUCACUAUGUAUCACUGCUCUCGUUCUCACUUCUGUCUGGUUUUCAACAUUGUCUUCAUUUUAAUGGUUUUGUUCAGUGCAUGUGUCUAUAAGAGUGCCUGCAUGUGUUUUCUCAACAGCGAGAUGCGCUUGAACAAGGGCACCAUCCUAAAGGUGUCAGUCGACUACAUCCGUAAGCUACAGAAGGAGCAGCAGAGGGCCAAAGAGAUGGAGACGAGACAGAGGAAACUUGAACACGCCAACCACAGCCUGCUGCUGCGCAUUCAGGAACUGGAAAUGCAAGCUCGUCUCCACGGCAUCUCAUCAUCUCAGAUCUCUGACUCCACUCUGACCCAGACUCAGACUUUAACUCUGGAUCACAACCCCAGCAACGACCUCUCCAAGACCCUUCUGUCCCUCAACCAGACCACGCCCUCUUCGUUCUUAUCUCCGCCUUCUUCCGCCUCCUCAGUGGGCGGGACGGUCACCAGCCCUCUGGACCUCGGGAUACUCGGCUUCGCCGAGCUGGACGACCCCACGGCCUCCGUGUUUAAUCCAGCCCUGAUGGCGGAUAUGGGGUUAGGGGAUAUUUUGAUGGAUGACAGCGGCGCUCUGUCGCCCGUAGGGGGCGCCGAUCCCCUGCUUUCCUCGGUUUCCCCGGAAGCGUCCAAAACGAGCAGUCGUAGAAGUAGCUUCAGCAUGGAAGAAGACUUGUGACUUCUUCAAAUUGGACGCUAGUUUUGCUUUAAGUUGCAAAUCCUGCUUGCGCGCUCCAUCGUUGGCCAGUAGAGGGCAGUGUAAUCCUAAGGUAUUUAGUAAUCGCCGUACUGUAGAAGUCUGAGAUCCUCAAGACAUUUUUUUCUAGAGGUGACACAAGUAUAGAAAGACUUCAGGAGCAGACGCUGACAUUUAGAGCCUAAUUUGUUAUCUGGACCUCUGAUAAAUAUAUAGAAGAAUAUAUGUACAUAGAGUAGAUUUAGUGCUAAACAUCUAUUUUGUGUUUUUAAUAUGCAGUUGUAUGAAAAGUAGCACUAUAAUAUUAACUCGUGGACACUCACCACAUGAAUUUAUUAGACAUGUUGGGGAAAAAAACAUGCCUGAAUAUCAAAACAUAUGACUAUUUUUUAGUUUCAGACCUCACUCAUGUAGUGGGCUCCAAAAGUAUGAGACUUCAAACCUGGAAAUAUGCAGGAUUUAAAUGAAUGAAUAAAUGAAUCAUAAAAAAAAAUGUUAGAUUCUGCACUUAAAAAGAGUCAAACCAAAUACUAAGAACUUUUAAAUUAUGCUAUUAAUAUACACUAUCAUUCAA